AUGAAUUCUUUGAUUUUCGGUUCAACAAUUGAAAUACCUUAAUUGAUAAUUACAGAACUAAACAAAUUAAACAAAGAAGUUGUAGUACAUUCAAUAAUAACUAAAACAAAUAGUAAUGCACAAAAUUUAUACUCAUAAUUAAAUCAUAAUUAGACUAUUCAAUUAAAUGGUUUAACAUUUAUGAAAACAGAGUCAUUUGUCAUUUUUGUUGUCUCUAUUGAGGAAUGUCAAAAACAAAUAAAUACAAUAUUGUUAUUCUUAUAUGUUGUUUCAUAAUACAUGCAUUUUAUAGAAAAUGAAUAAGAAUAAAUAUUAAAAUUAUUUGAUCAAUUACCAAUAUAAUCAAUUCAAAAAUAAGCACCGAAAAUAAGUACUAAAUAUUAAAUUUUAUUGAAACAUUUUAAUAUGUCUAAAAAACAUUGUAAAUUGGGUGGAAAACCAAAAAUGAUUGUCCGAUUUAAAAUGACAGGCAUAAUGCUAUUGAAUCUAAUGUUAGAUUUUUGUGAGUAUAUGAAUUCAAAUAGGAAAAUUAAUGGUAAUUUAUUUAUUGGAGUAUUUAAUCGAGAAUGUUACAGAUUAUAUGAGGAUGUGAGAAAUAAAUAUUAUUAAUAAGUUGUGAAGAUUUAAUCAGAUCAAAGAAUUUAAGAUACAGAAACAUUAUUUAAUAAUUUAGUAGAUAUUUAAUAGGAUGUUUUAAUUAAAUUAUUAGAUAGUGCAGCAUGUUCAGAAAUGAAAUUAACAUUUGUAGAAUUUUUGUCUUAUUGUAAAGACAACUAGAAAAAAAUAAUGAAUGACAAUAAUAAUGAAAGUGAGAAAUAUUGUAAUGCUUUAUUACAAUCAUAUUUGAAUCUCUUUAUUACUGAAUGUUAAAAUUUAGAUGAAGUGAUACAAUAAAAAGAUAUAUUUAUUAAAUAGAAAUGGGCUUCAUUUGAAGAGAUUUUAUAAGGAUACUUGAAAGAUGCAUAAGGACCAAAUAAGCAUAUAAUAAAUGAAUAGAUUACUAAUACUUUAUUUUAAGAAUGUGAUAAAUGGUUUGAAUCUCUUAAUAGUCAUUAUAUGUUUGAACUUAAUAAAUCAAAAGUAAUUUAUUAAUCUGAUAGUUUAGGCAUAAUUAAUGCAAACUGUUGAAAAUUAUUAGGAAUUAUAAAAUAGAUUGGCUGAAGUGGAAUCUAAGAAAUUUGAAUUAGAAGAUAUGAAUUAAGGAUUGAUGUUUGAAUUAGAAAGCUAGAAGAGAGAAACAGAAAAGAUUACCAGAUUGAAGGAAUUAGCAGAAGAAUUAUGUUAAAAUUAAUCAUAAGAAUUGAAUUUAAAAUUAAAUAAAUCUAAGGAUAAAAAUAAGAAGUAUAAAGAAUAAUUGGAAAAGAUUCAAGAAGAAAAUAGAAGAAUUAGUUAUGAAUUGAAUGAGAAAAAGAAAGAGUAGAUAAAUAUAUUAGUUAAAGUACAGAAUUUAGAAAAGGCAUUAGAUUAAACAAUUUAAAAGUAGGAAUAAGAUAAAUUUGAAAAAGAAUUAAUAUCUUUAAUUUAAUUAUUUAAAGAUAGAUUAGAAUUAGCUUCAAGGGAUAGUAUAAGUAGUGGAUCAAGAGCAUCUACUGAUUAAGGUUCAUUUAGAGUAUUAGAAAAGUUAUAAUAAAAAUAUGAUAAGGCUAAAGAGAAAUGCAAAUAAUUAGAAGAUGAAUUAUAAAAAACAAGAAAUUUAAAUGAAGUUUUGUAAAAGAAAAAUUAAGAGAAUGAAUUUCAAAUUGAAUAAAUGAAAAAUGAUUUAUCAACUAGAUUAAGUAAAGAUGAGGGAGAUAAGUUGAUAAAAGAAUAAAAAUAGAGAGAUAGUGAUUUAUAUUAAGUUUUGACAAGUCACAAAAAAACAAUAGAGAAAAUGAAUGAAUAACAUUCAUAAUUAUAAACAUAAUAUUAUGAAAAGUCUAUUCAAUUGUCUAAUUUAGAAUUUUAGAGAAGUAAUACCAUAACUAUUUUAAGAGUACAAUAUAUUGUUAUAUUAAUAUAGGAAGCAUUGAAGUUGCAAUUGAAAAAACCAAAUACUUUGGUUUCAAUUUUAAAAUCUAUGCCACCAGAACAAUCAUAAGAAAUUAAAAAUAUAUUCCAUUCUGUUGGAUUGAAAUUAUGA